AUGAUAAAACGUAUGGUACAGCUUUACAAGAAGUAUUGUACGAUAUUGGGAUUUACGAUUUUGAACAUCAUAUCAUAUUCGGGCUUUCGUGAGAUUGGUAUUCGGUAUGUUAGGAUUUCGAAAUGUUGGGAGUUUCGGGAUAAAUAUUGGAGGUUCGGAAUUAUACUUGACGCUUUAUGGCGUGUCGGAAUUGUGGUUGCUGGGAUGUUAGAUGGCAUCCAUCAUAUAAAAGCACGCAAGUUCAUGACAUAUACUGUGAGGUAUCAAAAUUUAUGGCUGAAAAAAUAA